UGUCUGGUCCAGAGAGACCCUGGUUCUGGUCAGCUUGGGAAUCAAGCGACGUAAACAAACCUGAGUGGUGUUGACGCGAAGCAGCUUUAGAGGAGAAAAGAGUGAAGUUCCAUUAACCAUUACAGUGAGUGACCAUUACAAAGCACAAAGGCAAAAGAUGGAUAAAUAGAUAGGAUAAACUUAGUUGUUGCAAUCUGCAGCUGGUACCCAACAAAGUGAGUAAUCCAGAAGUACCAAAGCAGAGACACAUUGAAUGACACAAGGGUUUAGUGAGCUGUGAGCAGAAUGUUGAAGAAGAAACAAGCUCGUGAAGAUCAUACAUAAGUACCAGAGUCAGUCAGUGGUGAGUAGCUUUGAGGGAAGACCAGACCAGAAUACCUGGAAUUUUCUCUUUCCCUCUGACACCACGAUCACUGCUUAGAAAAGGGAGAAAAAGAGAGGCCAACAGCAAGCAUUGCUGCCAAGGAUGAGCUGUGCUGCAGGUCACUGGGGGGAGGAGGCAGAGCAGCAGCGGGGUGGGGGAGAGGACUGGGGUCUUAGUGCGGCAGACAUGGAGGACUUGCUCACCCCACAGCCACCUGAACCCACCCCGCCAGCCCUCCACCAGCCCUCACCUGAGGAGACGCCUUCCUUUCAGAUUCUGCCAGCUGAGUUGUGCCGUACAGAUCCCCUAGUGCUUCAGACCAUCCGUCUGCUGCAGCACCAGCGCCAGGUGGCCCAGCUCAUUGCCCGAGCACAGACUGUUGGUGUGGACAGCACCAGCCUCCCAUCCUGCCCACCCCCUCCAGAGGACCUUGUUCUUAAUCGCAAAACUACCAAGCCACACUUCCUCAACUUUCUCCCUCCAGAACACACGCCAUUCACCACAGGCAAGACUCAACAGCACAUCCUGGAGGUGGAGGGCAGCAAAGCACGUCUCAUCUUACGCAAGGCAGUGGCCACCAUCUGUGCCCACACAGGAUAUACAGACACUUCGGAAAGUGUGUUGCGACUGCUGACAGAUGUUACACACGAGUUUCUCACUAAGAUCACCCGCGUGCUGCGUGCCAACACUGACAAUCUCCUGCUGACAGACCGCUGCCCUUUCCAUGAUGUGGUGGAGAAGACCCUGCAUGAUGUUGGCAUGGGCAGCAUGAGUGAACUGCAUCAAAUGUACCGUGACCGAGUGAUGCUCUAUCAUGCCAAAGUGCGACAAGAGACUUUUCAGCUUUACCACCAUUAUGUUGCACUGUCUCAGAAUAGGGAGGCAGCCAACACCCCAGGGUCACGGAGGGAGAGCAUUGGAGACUGGUGGAUGGACGAGUGUGGCAGCCAGCAUGGAGCUGGCCAGGGACCAGGGAUGGAAGAGGCCUCAGUACCUUCCAUCAAGAGCACCUCCAGUCUAGACCCUGAGCUCUCCCUGCAUCCAUUUUCUGUUCUCAGCCAACCUGGUGGUGAUGGAGAAGAGACAGUGGUGCAGAACUCUCCUGCCACUUCCCAGACUUUUCCUGCCUACCCACUCACUCCCCGCUAGCUUUUCCCAUCCUUUGAUCCUUUUCUUUUGAUGCCAGAAUAGAUAUGACCAACCAAAAAUUACUCUGACCUUGGUGAACACUUAUGGGCCUAACUGAUAUUGUGUCACAGUUGCAUGCUACCAGUGAUAGGCCUGAAAAGGAUUUUUAUAGAUCAGUUUAUCAGUGUUUCCAUUAUUGCUGUAAAACUGGACAUUAUAGAAAUCCCUCAGUCCUCCAAGUGGUCCCAAGAGUUUCAAGUAGUUUUAUUCCUUCUAGAAUGAUGUGUCACUUUCUGUACUGUAUAUUGUUAAGUUUAUAAUAAAUAGUACAAAGACU